AUGACAAGUAAACUCUCCCUUGAGCUUGCCACAAGAGAGGAGGCGUUAGUUUGGACUGAAACAGUUCUGUUUGCUUUAACCAAUGUUGUGGCUGUCUUCGGAAAUCUUCUCACUUUUUACGCCGUGUACAGAAACCACAGGCUGCGAACAAUUACCAACAUGUUCGUAAUAGCUCUGGCUGUGAGCGAUAUUCUGAUGUGUACCUGCUGUAUGCCUUUAACAGUUGUCACUCUGUUCCACGGCCGGUGGAUAUUUGGCGAAUCUUACUGUCUCUUUCAAGGUUUUGCAGCGCUGACUUUCGGAAUUGUCGCCAUGGUUACCAUGGGUGUCAUUGCGGUCAACCGAUUCUUCUGCGUUGUAAAACCAGAGAAGUAUCUCUUGUUGUUUAAGAAGCAAAGAGCGUUGAUAUACAUUGUCAUUGUCUGGUGCCUAGCCUUCGCUGGAUCUGUGCCCCCGUUUUCCUUUGAGAGCAAAAAUAGCUUUAAAUUCCAGCCUGGAAAAGCAAUGUGUUUGUACACGUUUGAAAGCAACAUGGCUUACACUGUUACAAUCGAAUGUGUUUACAUCGCAGCACCCUUAACAAUCAUAGCGGUCUGCUAUGUCAAAGUGUUCCGCUCAGUUUCAAGAUCAAAUCGUGUUUUCUGUCCAGGCGUUGAACCCUGUCAACUCCGCGCGAAUGUGGAAGAAGCAAAAGUAACGAAAACUUUAGUAGCAGUUCUGCUUGGCUUCGCGUUCUGCUGGCUUCCCAUCUCCGUUAUGGAUAACGUGGACGCCGCGCGCGGAGAACCGACGAUACCACGACAGGUUUACCUGACGUACGGGUUCUUGGUCUAUCUGAGUAGCACUAUCAACCCAUUCAUUUAUGGUAUCAUGAAUAGACAGUUCAGGCGAGAGUACAAGGCCCUCUUGCGCAAGAUUACUUUCUUUCGGCGCCAAAGUGGCAACAACAACGGCAGCCACAACACUGACAAUGAUGCAUGA